CAACACAGUAGGCGGCGCUGUGCCGUGAACCGUCAGCGCCGAGCGAGAGACGAGGAAGAAGUGGCAUUGCCUUUCAAAUAAUCACAGUCGCCCGCCCACUGUCCGAUGCUGUUUGCAUCGAAAAUAUUGUCGAAUGCAUGAAAAAGAUCAUCUCUGCUGUUGUGAAAUCCCUUUACGAAGUCUCCGCACCAAAUAGACAAGCGUGGCACUGAUACGCCUGAAGUUUGGAGCGAGAAGCAGCAACGUGAUGGAGGUUGAGAAUAAAGAAGGAUCCGAGAGCCCUCUGCCCAACGGCAGCACCCAUCCACCCAAACGUGGAAGAGGCAGACCACGAGGGUCGCUCAAUAAGAAGUUCACUGCUGAGAAAGCACCGACACAUAACGCCAGGCCAUCGAAAAAGGUGGACUUCUUUUCUCCUGACAUAGUCAUAAAAACCAAGGUGAAGAAACGUGGUCGACCAAAGAAGAUAAAAAUGCCCGGUAGGCCGAGAAAGAUCCCGCUUACGCCUGAGGAAGAAUCAGAGAGACUUCACAGGUUGAGUUUACAACGCAAACGGAAACUGUCAAAGCCCCUAGGAAGACCCCGCAUUCAUCCCAUCGCCGAAGGCCCCGCGGUAAAAAGGGGAAGAGGAAGACCUCGCAAAUCUGGAGUCUCUGGAGGCCAUAAACAAGGUAGUGGCGAUAUCAGCCUCGAUGUCGCUAAUGGCUCUCCACGAAAGAGAGGGCGGCCGGCGGGCUCGAUGAAGAGAAAGAGGGGUCGCCCCGCAGGUUCUACCAAGGUUUCGAUUGCCAAGUCCUCAGAUGGGACCCCAAAAAGAAGAGGCCGCCCUCCAGGCUCGGGCAACAAGGUGAAGAAGAUUCCGCGGGCUGACGGAUCUCCUCGAAAGAGAGGCCGACCCCCAGGCUCAGGCUCUGGCGCCAAACUGAAGGUCAUUCGACGAAACGCAGAUGGAACUCCUCGAAAGAGGGGCCGACCUCCGGGUACCGGCAAGAAAGUCAAGCUCGUCGAAAAGAAAGUCGGAGAUUCUCCCCGCAAGAGAGGCCGACCGCCAGGUUCAGGCAAAAUCAAGGCUCGUACCUCGGAAGGUGGAGCUGUAGGAGGGUCGAACGCCGAUGGCGCUCCGCGUCGUAAGAGAGGUCGUCCAAGCAAAGUCACACUGGCUGUCGUGCUCGAAAAACUCCCCUCGGCGUCGGGGUGCGAGGAGGAAGAAGAGGAUACCGACGCGCCCUCUCCCAAACAAUCCCGCACCUCUGACGACUCGUCGCAAAAUCAAAACGACGAAGAAGAGGAGACCAGGGCGAGCGAGAACGACGCAGACCCAGAAGACGAAGAGGAAGACGAGGUCGAUGACGCCAUCGAUUGUUCAAAAGUGAACAACACAAGUGAGAACGAAAUGGUGGGCAAAUUCAAAAAAAAGAAAUAAAAAGAUAGGGGGCUUCAUUGAAAAUUGGUGGGUAUAUUUUUCGAAGGGUUUUAAUAGGCUAUGUCAAUUAAUUUUUUUUUUUUUUUUUUUUAUCUGAUAAGUGUGCUUUUGGUGUUGCCUGCCAUGUCAGACUGUAUUGUUUUUCUCUCUCUUAUUUUUAAGCUCAUUAUUAACCGAAAUGUUUGCUCACAAUCUGAUUGAGCACAAUUGAUUAAUUUUAUUAUUUUAUUUGUAUUUCUUUUUGCAUGUAAAAAAAAAAAAAAAUUGUCUGCAUAAUUUUAAGCAUGCAAAAAUCGAAGGACAAGUACGUAGCCUGUUAACAUCACGGGAUCCAAAACGAUGAUGUUGCACAAUUAACGGUUCCAUUGAAAACGUUACCAUGCUAAGCACACCUUAUUUGUUACCAAUGGCUUGUGCCAAUAAUUUCAAAGCAACUACCAAACCAGACUGUUUCAGAUAGUAUCUUCAUACCUGUACAGUAGUCCAUGUGCACAGGCUUUAAAAAAAAAAAAAGGCUAAUUUUUAAAUUCAAAUCGCCCAGACGGUUUUAUUCGAGGAUGAUGGUUAAGUGCGUCUUUGCUGUAGUUUUAUUUCUUUUAUCACGGUCCAUUCGUUCAUACUUCAAAUCAACCCCGCCGACUUCAGUGUUUUAUAGUGAAACAGUCUUAUUUUAAACUUUUUUUUUAUCAUCUGAGUUGCCUGAUAGUUUGGUCAUUUAUAGGUGUUGAGUGCUUAGUUUAAUUGCACCCCCUCAUUUUUGCUAAAAUAUUGUGAUUGCUUCUUUUUUAAAACAUGCCUUUGUUUUUCAAAAUGUGAAUACAUUCAUAUUCCGCUUUGACAAUAGGCUUAUGGGUCCUGAUUUUAUUUUCAUAUCAUGUAUGGCUUUUUAUAUACAAUUCUUGUUGCUCUGUCUUUUUGAACUUUUUCCUCAUUUAACCAGUUUUUCCCCCCCCUUGAUUUGCUUAGUUUGUGUAAAACCGUAGACUUCUCUUGUUAUAAGCUGUAGAUCUUGUCUUGAUUAAUUUUCAUGUAUGAUUUAGUUUUAAUCUGUAUGUACCAGUAGAUGCUGAUUGUUUUAGCUGAAAUCUUGCAUCUAGAAAUGUUCUUUCAUGUUAAUAAAACUGUUACUGUUGAGACAUGAUGGUUCAAUAGACAUUAUGUGCAUUUCAUGUACACGCUUUCUAAUUAGGUUACUCAUCUGUGCUGUAGUAUGAGACAUUUCUGUAUCGCCGCUUUGUAUGAAUCAUUUCACUUUGUGAUUUGGAUGAGCAUUGUUGCUGAUUAAUAACCAAUUAAAUCAUACCAUAUUCAC